UGUAUUAUCAACUUUAUUUGUGAGAAUAGUUAUUCCUUUGAUAAAAUAUUGGGACUCAACUUCAGGAAUAUGAGAUUUUGCUAAAAUAAUCUUCAUUUUUAAUAAUGAUGUUUGCCUGUAUGCCAAACUCCAGUUUAAAACCAUUCAUUUAACACAAAAAAUGCAAAAUUCAAACUAGAAAACCAUAAGAAUAAUCAGAACAAUCAGAAUCACCUGAAGAUCAUUAAAGUCGUGAUGACUUUAUUUCUGUAUGACAGCUAAGACUUUCGCCUGGUAGGAUCCACAGCUGCUGCGUGUCACAUGGACAGGUGUGUCAGGUUGCACCUGUUCUCACCUGUGUCACGGCGGGGCCCGUCUGUCAGUCUGUGGAUGUCAGGAUGGGCACCGGAGCGUCUGUCAGCGAGGGAUCCCGGCUGGCCGAGCCUGAGCCUGGCUGGACGUCCACACCUGCAGGACGGAGUGACGCCACCCUGCAGGCAGACGAGGACGCAGCAAAGCCUGAAAGCCACACUGUGGAUAUUCAGUCUUUAAAGAGCGAAGAGAGAAACGUACAGACGGAGGAGGAGGAGGAAGAAACACAAACUGUCCUGAUUCAAGCUCCAGUUACUGAAACUGCGGAUGAGAGUGGAGAAGUCUCUGUGGAUUUUGAGAGUUUCCUGCACAACAACGGGACGCUCUACAGCUGCUUCACCCACCACGGAAACAGAGUUUACGUUGACGAGUUUCAGAACCUGCAGCCAUUUCCAAAGGAGUGGUUCAGUCAGGGACACUUCAUCACCACCAACAGUGAGGGCUCCAGUCAGCUCCAGACUCCGGCCAACAGCCAGCCGCUGGUCGGAGAGGAUGAUCGCAUCAGCAGCAUCUACAUCCAGGGCAAGGGAACCGUCAUGACCUACAUGUUCGAGGAGCGAGUGAAUAUCUGCAGGUUCUGGGAUCCUCAGUCAGGCAUGUGGCUGCUGCUGCCUCUGCAGUGGGAAGUAAAUGUUGAGUUUGUCAAAGCUCGAGUCCAACAAGUCAUGUCCACCCUGCCAGGUCUGGUGGACCAGAAGGAGAUCACUGCAGCACUCAGGCAGUGCAACUAUGACCCUGAAGAGGUCAUCUCCGUCUACCUCACCAUGUUUGGAGAAAUCCUCCUGCAGGCGUCUGCGAGCAGCAGUCAGAACUACACCGACCUCAACUCAUUCAGGGCCCUCCUGGAGCGGGACAGGGUCAUCGAGGAUCUGAGGAAGAAACUCCAAAGCAAAGCGAAAGAGGCAGACAAUCUCUUUCAGAGGAACGGCUACCUGACAAGGGAAGUGCGUUACCUCAACGAUGUUGUCCAGCACCUGAAUCAGAAGUUGGCUGAACUUGAGGCUGAUCAGCAAGAGGCUCGGGAGAAGAUCCGGUCCCUCCUGAACCGCAGGAGGGAUCCUCCUGCUGUCCCACCUGCCAAAGCCAUCAACAAACCCGCCAUGGAACCCAGCCAGCUCCGCCAGGUGAGCCGACUGACCCGCGAACUGAAUGUCUCCAACAAGCAGCUGCGAUCUACAGUUUACCAGGCGCUGACCGACAUGAAGAACCAGCUGGAGCAGCUGAAGGCCGCUGCCACAAAGUGGACCCUGGUGGAGCAGGAGGCCGCCGGGGAAGUGGAGGAGCUGCGAUCCCUCUAUAGGAAGGAGGCGGUGGAGAGGAAGAGUCUGUACAACAAGCUGCUGGAGCUGCAGGGAAACAUCCGGGUGUUCUGUCGCUGCAGGAAGACCACAACUUCCAGCUCCUGUCUGGAGACCAUCGAUGACCAGGAGGUGCUGGUUGUCCAGAAGGGAAGCAGGAAGAAGUUCCAGUUUGACAAGGUCUACCAUCAAAGCAGCACGCAGGAGGACGUGUUCGCAGGAACCCUGCCGUUGAUAACUUCCUGUGUGGACGGAUAUAACGUCUGCAUAUUGGCCUAUGGACAAACGGGCUCAGGAAAGACAUACACCAUGAUGGGCAGCAAGGAAAAUCCUGGAGUCAAUAUCAGGUCCAUACGAGAACUUCUACGCGUCUGUGCAGAGAAAGGCAAGGUUUCCUACACUCUGAAGAUUUCCAUGUUGGAGAUUUAUAAUGACAGUUUGAACGACCUUUUGGCCAAAACCGCCGCUUCUGCUCUGGACAUCAGAGUCCAGGGCAAGUCCGUGUCCAUCCCAGGACUGACCCAGACCCAGGUCCAGACCGAGGCUGACAUCCUGAGUGUCAUGGAGAUGGGUGAAAAGAACAGAAAGAUCGCUUCAACCAAGAUGAACACACAGAGCUCUCGGUCUCACCUGCUGGUGGCGCUGGAGGUGCAAGGCUCAGACCAAAUGUCAGGACUGACGUCUCGUGGCACACUCACCUUGUGUGAUCUCGCUGGAUCCGAACGAAUCUCCAAGACUGAAGCUGAGGGUCAGAGGCUGGUGGAGGCAGCCGCCAUCAACAAGUCACUGACAGCACUGGGACAGGUCUUCAGUGCUCUGAAGUGUAACGCCCUCCACGUCCCGUUCAGGAACUCUAAACUCACUCACCUCCUGCAGCCCUGCCUCAGUGGAGACGCAAAGUGCUGUGUGUUUGUGAAUGUGAGUCCAGACGUGAAGGACGCGGCGGAGACGCUGAGCACGCUGCAGUUCGGUUCCACCAUACGGCAGGUUUCACUCGGAAAAGCGACGCAGAACAUCAUACCAGCUAAAAACAACAAGUCUGCCAAGUAGACCAAACAGCCACAAGGUUUAUUUCACAGAGAGGUGGAAGAGGCUUUUGGUUUGUCUCGUGCUGUGUGUCUGCGGUGUGAAGUGUCACAGCUCAGUGUUGUGCUUUAGUUUUCACUUUAAUAAACCUGACAUU